AUGAAGCUAAACUUGCAAGACUUCAUAUUCCGAGGUGAAGCUUUAAAACUUUACAGAAGAUUUGCUAAAAUCGCUAUAAAAAUUCAAGAUGAGUCUUCAAGAAGGGAAACAAUAGAGUUUAUUAAGCCUCAGUUUAAAAGCUUAAAAACAUCAAAUGAUAGGCGAAUGGACUUUACAAGCUUAAGGUCAAAUAUUGAUUAUAUUGAAGAAAUGUCUAGAUUUUCAGGUCUCAAAUAA